AUGAAAAUAGUGAACAAAUGGAUCAAAGAUGACGUUGUCAAGAAUAAUUUACUUAAUGAUUUGGACAGAUGGACGGCCACUGUCGACUUUGUCGGUUUUUGGCAAGAGAAAGCUAGAACGGCAACUGUUGUACAAUCACGUACAGCCUGCUCUUCUUUUGUCCAUAACUUGAUCAUGGAAGUGAUACCCAAAAAUCAGAUAGCUUUUGGUGAGGUUAUUCAAGACAAUGUUGAUCAAAACAUAAAUAUCAUGGAACAAGAAAAUGAUGGUAAUAGGCUUGAAGUAUCGAGAAACAAUACGCUUAUAAGUAAGAUGACAUUUCUUCCCCAUAUGACUUGA